UUCAGUGGUGACCACCACUUAGAUUACCUUACCAAUGACCAUGGAGACCUUAUGACAUUGACGAUAUCGCCAAAAGCUUGGAUGCUUCUCAAGAAAAACGCGUACCUUAUCGAAAAUGCUGUAAGAUCUAUUCCUUUUCCAGAAAUAAACGAGAAGAGUGGAGCCUUUAGAGUUUACGCAGAUGAAAUACACUUCAAAAAGCUUUCAAUUAUAAACGAUGUCUCUUUCAUGGAUGGAAACGGUCUGCGUUUGUAUCUGGGUGGCGUGGUUUACAACAUAGGUGCCAGAAUCAAGGUGAAGCAUACUCUCGCACAAGCGACGGAGAGAUUCGAAUUUUACUCGUACAAUGCAAAUAUGCUCAUUACUCUGGGAUGGAAUGACUUCAACUUUGUGCCUUCAACAAGUGUGAAUCUGAAUUUGAAAAUAGACUGGCCAAAAGCGUGGUAUUAUCGGGUGCUGCCCUCAUCACUAAAGAACAAAAUCCGGAAUAUGAUUAACAACCAAGGCGAAAAGAUAAUUAGAGAUCAAGUGAGC